UGCUCCCGCUGUCAUGGCUGCUAAUAGUAAUAAUUGUAUCCGUGUGCGCCUACACUUUGACUAUCCGCCGCCGGCUGUCGUUGACUGUCGCAUGUGCUGGCUGCUCGUGGACCUGAACAAAUGUCGCGUGGUGGCAGAUCUGGAGAGCGUCGUCAGAGAGAAGUUUGAGUUCAGCUCGAGGAGCAUCCUAAACCUCUUCAUAGAAGAUUGCUACCUGCCGCACACUGAGAGCAUCUUCGUGGUGCGGGACAACGACAGCGUCAGGGUGAAAGUGGACUCCGUGGCUCAGGUGAAUGGGCACAGCAGCAGCUGUUCAGAUACAUCAAGUAAAAACUGCAGGAAGAGACAGAGACCCACAGAGGAAGAUGGGCCGGAAGGAAAUGGAGUGAGCGUGCAAUGGAAGGAAAAGAAGAGGAAAAAACAUAGCAAGGAGAGUCUGGAGGGGGAUGGCAAACUGUCUUCAGGUGAAGAGACGAAUAAAACAUCACAAGGAAAGCACACAAAGAAGAAGAGGAAGAAGGCAGAGGAAACUAGCCAUGCUGCUCCCCCCAAACCAGCUGUGUCUAACAAAAAAACCCCAACUAGUGUGGCCCAGCCGGUUAAAAGCACCAAGAAGCCCCCGGCGGCACCAGCAAAAACACACAGUGUCUCCUCUUCAGAUUCCAGUAGCAGCAGUAGUGAGGAAGAUAAAGCUCCCAAAAAGCCACCUGUGCGAAAACCAGCACCCAAAACGCCCUCGUCCACCUCUGCUGCUUCCAAGGCACCUCCACACGCCAAACCCACCCAGACUAAAUCACACCCUCCCUCCUCAUCCUCCUCAGAAACAGACUCCUCCUCUGAUGAGGCCCCCAAUGUAAAAAUCCCUCCGAAAAACAAACCUCUAACCUCUGCGUCUCCAAAAAGCAGAAUAAACGACAACUCAAAAUCUCAUCAGGCUCCUCCUGUCCUGCAGUCCACCAACUGUGCAGAGAAACAGGCGACCAGCACAGCAACGCCUCCUGAUGACAAAUCAGCGAAGCCUCGUAACUCAGACAGUGAAGAGAUCGAGCUGGUGAUCCGCAAACCGCUGCAGCAGUCAGGACGCGGUCUGGGUAGGCAGCCAUCUUGGAGAGGCUGCAGCCAGAGAGGAAACAGGCGUGGUGGUCCUGGAGAUAGGGGGAGGGGAGGAGGUAGAGGGUUCAUCAGAGGGCAAGCUGACAGCUUUGAGUUCAGCUAUAAUGGAGCCAAGGAACCGAGCUACCAGACUGAUUCGCUGACCAACACAUCAGUGGUCAUCCAGAAUGGGGCAGAAAGUGCCCCCAAACAGGACUACAGCUGUAUGCCCCUGCUAGCAGCCCCUCCACAGGUGGGGCAGAAGAUUGCCUUCAAGCUGCUGGAGCUAGGUGAGAACUACACACCAGAGAUAUCAGAAUAUAAGGAGGGAAAGAUUGUGAGCUUUGACCCCACAAGCAAACAGAUUGAACUGGAACUGCUUCAUGUCUCUCAAGCUCCUGUGGAGCCUGGGAAGUUUGACCUGGUCUAUCAGGACGCUGAUGGCUCAGAGAGAGUGGAGUACGCCGUGUCCAGAGGUGCUUGGGUGACAGAGCGGUGGGACUCCCUGCUGGAGCCAAGGCUGGUCAUUUAAAUCUGACAGUUUGUUACAUCCACCUGCUUUGGCAAGAUUGAUUUGCCUUUUUUUUCUAAUUAACUUCAUGUCAGAAUCCUUCACCUUGUACUCCAGUGCUUAAGUUAAAUUGAGAGUCUCCUCUUCGGAUGGCGUAUGUCCGCUAAAGGAAAAGGGAUAUGAUGAUGGUUGAUUAUAUUCUCUUCUCUUUGUGCUUUUAUACAAGUCACCACUUUGCACAGAAGAGCUACUGUAUAGCAAAGUAUAGUGGAAGUAUUGAAACUGCUUUUAAACUGGGGCUGGAUCAGAAAUCCAGUUAUAGAUCAAAAUGAGUGAUUGUUUCCAGGACUGGAACGUAAUGGUUUUAUGUUUUGUACAGUUAUGCGACUGUGGAAA